UAAAUGAGGAAUAGAUAUUUAUAUUAAUUAACCCCAACUAGAUCACGUAGGAAAGAUUCAAUUGAGUCUGAUUUCUCAUCCUAUACAGGAUAGGCUACAAAUACCAGUUAAAUCAACUAGAAGGACAGACCAAAAUAUUUUGAGGAGAUUGAUAAUCAAAAUGCUCCUUUCAGUCACAAUACAAUUAUUUCCCAGCAGAUUUAAUAUAGAUGUAUGAAUGGGGACUAUAUUUAAUUAUGUAAUGAACAUUUUGAAAUGAAAAACAAAACCAUUUUAGUAAUGCUUUUGGAAAAUAUUUUUAGGCAAACGAAAUUAACAAUCAAAGUUAAAUUUCUAUUUUCUUAAAUAUCAAGUUAGAUUCAUCAGAAGAUCUAUUAGGAGUAUGGAUCUCCAAAGAUAUUGCCUAAACUUACAAUUCUGAUGUACUACUACUCGAAUGCUAUAUAACUGGUGAUAUCAAUUAAUAAAAUAUUAAACUAAUUAAUUAUUCCAUAUUAUUAGCUGAUGAAUUGUUCAUUACAUGUUAAACUAUCCAACAAUUUAAUACAUUCCUUACACUAUUCAAAUAAGUUGGUUCAAGACUUUAAACCCUCAACAUAGUAGAGAUAGAAUAAGAUGAAUUAGAUGUUCAAUAGAUCAAUGAAUUGAAAACAUUUUGUGAUUUUGUAUCAUACUCUAAAAAAUUUCCCUCAAAUUUAAUAGAUCUUCAGUGGUAAUAUUAUGAUUACAAGCAAAAUAAGUAAAUAAGAUAUUAGUUUAUUUAGUUCUCGCCUUAUUCCUCUGAAAAAAUGGAGAGGAUUUAAUUUAAAUUGUAGAUGCUUCUUUAAAUUGGCAGAAGUUUUGGCAGAAUUUGUGUCGAAUUACUAAAAAAUUAAUGAUAUCAUUAAAGAUGUGAUUUACAAUAAGGUUUUUGAGUAAAUAAUUGAUGAUUAAUUUGGAGAAUUCUAGACACAAUAUGAAGACAACAUCUAAAAAUAAAUUAUACCUAUAUUACCUUCAAUUGAAAUUUAUCAAUUACUUUUUCAAGAACGCAUGAAGAUAUAGGAAAAUGUUUUUGAAGAUAUGCAUAUGUUUAAAGAGCUCUCUUAUUUCAAGUUGAAAUACUCAUAAUUCUUAACUAAAAUCGAUCAAUUCGAAAAUGAAUACAUUAUUUUUAAUAAAGAAAUCAUUGAGUGUUUUCAAUCCAAAAAAAUCACAGACUAUUUGAAAGAUGUAUAUUACAGUAAAAUAUUCGAUUAAACAUUUUUGACCACACAAAACAUCUAAAGUGAAAUUUCAGAAAUUUUUAUCAAGUAAUAAAACCAGAAAUUCUAGAUUAUUUAGUAUCUUCACAGAGUAUCUUGCGAAACAUAACUAUGACUA